AGCAUUUCUAGAAGGCGAGCGAUAUGAAGUAGAUAGGAGCAUCUCUUCAAUGGGUUAUUGCUGUCACGGUGUCUCUCAGUACAGGUUAGGCAUCGCCAUGUUCAUGGUGGUUUUUGCUGUAAUAUCCGGACAAAAGGAACAAGCUGUUGAAUGGUAUAAGAAAGGAAUUGAAGAACUGGAAAAAGGAAUAGCUGUCUUAGUAAUUGGUCAAGGUGAUCAAUGUGAACGGGCUCGACGUCUGCAAUCUAAAAUGAUGACAAAUUUGGCAAUGGCCAAGGAUCGCUUGCAGCUUUUAGAGAAGCUGCAGGCAGUUUUGCAAAUUUCCAAGCCGCAAAUGGAGGUCUAUAAUGACAGUACUAACCUGGCAUGCCGCAAUGGACAUCUCCAGUCAGAAAGUGGAGCGGUUCCAAAAAAGAAGGAUCCCCUAACACACACGAGUAAUUCCCUUCCUCGUUCAAAAACUGUUGUAAAAACUGGAUCUACAGGCCUUUCAGGUCACCACAGAACACCUAGCUACAGUGGGAUAUCAACUUCUGUGUCUAGAACAGCACCUAAUCCUGUAGCUUCAACUCAUAAGGCUGCUCCUAAAAACAGCAGAACAAAUAAGCCUUCUACUCCUACAACUGUUCCUCGAAAAAAGAAAGACUUGAAGAUAUUUAGAAAUGUGGACAGUAAUCUUGCUAAUCUUAUCCUGAAUGAAAUUGUUGAUAGUGGGCCAGCUGUCAAAUUUGAUGAUAUCGCAGGGCAGGAACUGGCUAAACAAGCUUUGCAAGAAAUCGUUAUCCUUCCUUCUCUUAGACCUGAGUUAUUUACAGGACUUAGAACUCCUGCACGUGGUUUAUUGCUGUUUGGCCCACCAGGAAAUGGGAAGACAAUGUUGGCCAAAGCAGUUGCUGCAGAAUCAAAUGCUACUUUCUUUAAUAUAAGCGCAGCGAGCCUAACUUCAAAAUACGUAGGUGAAGGGGAGAAACUGGUGCGUGCUCUAUUUGCUGUCGCCAGAGAACUUCAGCCUUCUAUAAUUUUUAUUGAUGAAGUUGAUAGCCUUCUGUGUGAAAGACGAGAAGGUGAACAUGAUGCUAGUAGACGUCUGAAAACAGAGUUUUUAAUAGAAUUUGAUGGUGUGCAGUCUUCUGGAGAGGACAGAAUACUGGUCAUGGGAGCAACAAACAGGCCACAGGAGCUUGAUGAUGCUGUUCUCAGACGAUUCACCAAACGGGUGUAUGUGUCUUUACCAAAUGAAGAAACAAGAUUGAUUUUGCUAAAAACUCUUCUAAGCAAACAAGGAAGUCCGUUGACCCAAAAAGAGUUGGCACAACUAGCUAGAAUGACAGAUGGAUACUCUGGAAGUGAUUUAACUGCAUUAGCGAAGGAUGCAGCGCUGGGCCCUAUUCGAGAGCGCAGUGCCUUCAUUCCUCCUUCCUCGCCUGUCCCUUCUGAAGAGCUUGUAGCCAUUGAUAGCCGCACUCCAGUCAUGAGAUUCAUCCCACCACGUUUCAGUAAUGACAACCAG